AUGAUGUCCUACAUCAAGCAGCCCCACUAUGCUGUCAAUGGGCUGACGCUGGCUGGACCAGGCAUGGAUUUGCUGCAUUCUGCUGUGGGGUACCCCGUGCAUGCACACACGUGUGUGCACACUCAGGACGUGCUGCUGCAUGCACACGUGUGUGCACAGUCAGCACACACAGCUGAGUGCACGCGCACGUGUGUGCACACUCGUGACGCGCACCCGCUGCACGCACACACACGCGUGCACUCCCAGCCCCCUCCCCGUGCCUCAGUUUCCCUCCCCCCCCAGGUGUGGUUCAAGAACCGCCGCGCCAAGUGCCGCCAGCAGCAGCAGCAGAGCAGCGGGCAGCCCAAGGCUCGCCCGGCCAAGAAGAAGCCGUCCCCCCCCCGGGAACCGCAAAGCGACGCCGGGGGGGCCGGGCCGUACAGCCCCACCCAGCCCGGCCCCGCGGGGACCCCCGGCUCCGCCGCCCCGGUCUCCAUUUGGAGCCCGGCUUCCAUCUCUCCGGUGCCGGACCCGCUGGCCGCCGGCAGCGCUCCGGGUUUGCCGCGUUCCGCUCCGUUCUCCGCCGCUCCCUACAACCAAACGGCGCCCUACGGGCAGAGCUACGGGGGCUCGGCCGCCUAUUUCGGGGGCCUGGACUGCGGGCCGUACCUUUCCCCCAUGCAUCCUCCGCUGGGGGCUCCCGGAGCGGCUCUCAGCCCCCUGGGGGCACCCAUGGGUGCUCACCUGACGCCCUCCCCCGCCGCUCUGUCCGGGCAGAGCUUUGGGGCGGGGUUGGGCUUUGGGGCGGUGGAUUGCUUGGAGUACAAAGAGCAGGCGGGAGCGUGGAAGCUCAACUUCAACCCGGCCGAUUGCCUGGACUACAAGGAGCAGAGCUCCUGGAAGUUCCAGGUGUUGUGAAGGGGGGGGAGGA